GCUGUCUCGCGAUAACCCGCGAAGUUUCCGGUGUUGUGUAUGUUCCUGGAAACAUGGCGGCCAGCUUCCGCGGCCGUCCUAUCCGGAGUCUUCGGAUGCGAGGUCGGAAUGACAGCGGGGAGGAGAACGUACCGCUGGAUCUGAGCAGAGAACCGUCAGAAAACUUCCGUGAAAUCCUUCAAAAUGUGGCCAAACCGCACGGAGUCAGUAACAUGCGAAAACUGGGCCACCUGAACAACUUCAUAAAGCUGCUGUGCAGCAUUGGCCACCGUGAGGAAAAUUUUGGGUUUACAUAUGAAGAAAUCAUCAUUUGUCUGCGACUAGCUCUCCUUAAUGAAGCUAAAGAAGUGCGUGCUGCGGGGUUGCGGGCGCUUCGCUACCUCAUCAGAGAUACCAGCGUACUGCAGAAGGUCCUCAGACUACAGGUGGAUUACUUGAUAGCCAGAUGCAUUGACAUCCAGCAGAGUAAUGAGGGUGAGAGGACUCAGGCUCUACGACUUGUCCGAAAGAUCAUCACUGUCAACGCAAUGCUCUUCCCCACGUCUAUUGCAAACUCUUUAAUUGCUGUGGGGACCGACGGCCUGCAGGAGAGAGACCGCAUGGUGCGCGCUGCCAUCGCCAUCGUUUGCGAGCUAGCCCUGAAGAACCCAGAGGUGGUGGCCAAACGGGGAGGCCUCAGCACCAUCCUUAAGAGUGUGAUAGACUGUCAACUAAGUCGCAUCAACGAAGCACUUAUCACCACUAUCCUCCACUUACUCAACCACCCACGCACCCGCCAGUAUGUGCGUGUUGACGUCGAGUUGGAGCAAAUCCUCGCGCCUUUCACUGAUUUUCACUACCGUCACAACGCAGACACGGCUGAGGGGCAACUCAAGGAAGACAGAGAAGCCCGUUUUUUGUCCAGCCGAAUGGCUAUAGUGGCUGCUUUCCGCUCCUGGUCCGGAAUUAUCAACCUAUGCAAGGCUGGAAAUUCUGGAAUCCAGUCUUUAAUUGGCUUACUUAGCAUACCAAAUAUGGAAGUUAGGAAAGGCUUGUUGGAAGUGUUAUAUGAGAUAUUCAGGCUUCCUGUGCCCAUUGUAACGCAAGACUUCACUGAAGCCCUUCUAAGUGUUGACCCCGCCAGGUUCCAGGACACCUGGAGACUGUCUGACGGGUUUGUUGCUGCCGAGGCCAAAGUCAUCCUACCCCAUCGGGCCCGCUCUAGGCCUGACCUAAUGGACAACUACCUGGCAUUUGUUCUUUCUGCCUUCAUUUCCAGCGGGCUUUUAGAGGGCCUUGUUGAAGUUGUGACCAGUAGCGAUGACCAGCUUGCUGUCAGGGCCACCAUCCUUCUGGGAGACCUUUUACACAUGGCAAAUACCAUCCUUCCUCAUUCCCAUAGUCACCACUUGCACUGCCUUCCCACUCUCAUCAACAUGGCAGCCUCCUUUGACAUCCCCCAAGAGAAACGACUGCGAGCAAGUGCAGCCGUCAACAAUCUGAAACGUUUCCAUGAGAAGAAGAAGAAAGGUUUGAAACCGCACAGUCUUUAUCUGGACCACAUCAUUCGCAAGUCUGUGUCGUCACAUAACCGCAGAGAUUCACGUGUCCACAAAGACAUCUAUGUCAUUAAGGACACAGAAGAAGCACUGAUGAUGAAUCUGCGAGACAGUCAGAUUCUCAACCACAAGCAGAAUUUGGAGUGGAAUUGGUUGCUUAUUGCCACCAUCCUCAAGUGGCCAAAUGUAAACCUCAGGAACAACAAAGAUGAACAGAUGCACAAGUUUGUUCGGAGGCUGCUGUACUUUUAUAAGCCCAGUAGUAAGUUGUACGCAGGGCUUGCGUUGGAUCACCUAAAGGCCAGACAACUCACUGUGGUUGGCUGUCAGUUUGUUGAGUUCCUCAUGGACUCCGAUGAGGAUGGCCAGGGUUACCUGGAGGACCUGGUGAAGGACAUGGUAUCGUGGCUCUCCUCGUCCUCUGGAAUGAAGCCCGAGCGCUGUCUGCAGAGUAAUGGCCUGCUCACUACACUCAGCCAACACUACUUCCUCUUCCUGGGGACGCUCUCGGCACACCCACAGGGAGUCAAACUACUAGAGAAAUGUGGCCUGUUUCAGUGCCUGCUGAAUCUGUGCUCUGUAAAGAACCAGGAUGCUGUGCUGAAACUCGCUGUAUCCACACUGGACUACAGCAGAGAUGGUCUGGCCAGAGUGAUCCUCUCCAAGAUCCUCACUGCUUCUACUGAUACGUGCAGGCUGUAUGCUACCAAACACCUCCGCGUGCUGCUGCGUGCAGGCGUGGAGUUCUUCAGUAGCUGGGGCAUGGAGCUGCUGGUCACACAGCUUCACGACCACAACAAAGCUGUGUCCAUGGAGGCCCUGGACAUACUGGAUGAGGCGUGUGAAGACAAGGCCAACCUUCACGCUCUAAUCCAGCUGAAACCAGCUGUGUCCCACCUGGGAGACAAAGGCCUCUUACUGCUCCUCAGGUUCCUGUCCAUUCCUAAAGGUUUCUCCUACCUCAAUGAGAGGGGCUAUGUCAGCAAACAGCUGGAUAAAUGGCAAAAGGAGUAUAAUCUUAAGUAUGUGGACCAGAUAGAGGAGCAGCUCAAUGAAGCACUAACAACUUACCGCAAACCUGUCGAUGGAGACAACUACGUCAGACGCAGCAACCAAAGGUUACAAAGACCAAACGUCUAUCUCCCUGUGCACUUGUAUGGUCAGCUGGUUCACGAUAAGACAGGCUGUCAUUUAUUAGAGGCUCAGAGUGUAGUGCCUGACCUUAGCUACACGAUUCGCUCCCCGAUGCUGGACACCUGGGAGGGCAUCAAACAGCUCAAAGCUGCUCUCUGGGCACUAGGCAACAUUGGCUCUUCAAACUGGGGUCUGAAUCUCCUGCAGGAGGAGAACGUCAUUCCUGAUAUCCUUGCAUUGGCUCAGCACUGUGAGGUGCUGUCAGUGCGAGGGACAUGUGUGUAUGUGCUGGGUGUGAUCACCAAGACCAAGCAGGGCUGUGAGGUGCUAAAACAGUUCGGUUGGGAUGCAGUCAGACACAGUCGCAGGACGCUGUGGCCCGUCACUCCAGACGAAGUGGACACGCAGCUGACCUCUGAACUUUCUUCAGUACCGAGCACGCUCAGUCUAAACUCGGAGUCCACCAGCUCCCGCCACAACAGCGAGAGCGAGUCUCAACCAAACAUGUACAUCCUGGAUGAUGACAAGUGUGAUGUUCUGGACCAGUCGGAUGAGACUUCUUUAUACUUACACUCCAAACCAGUCAAAGACCGUAGCCCCUUUACAAUACUGGCCUCUACUCGCUUCGUUCGCACUCGCUUCCUGAACUCCCUGUCUCUCCCCAGCAAGAAACUGCGCUCCACCAGUGACCCCAAGACACCAUCAGGCUCCCGAACCCCCACUGAGCUCAAGACUGGGAGUAUGAGGCGGAACAGGACAGUGACAGAGCCCUCUGUCUACAGCCCAAACCAGGGGGACUUUACCCCUAUCUUUAAUGGCCGAGGAAUGCCAAAGAGUCCAACGGUCAGUCUGGAGACAUCAUUUGUUGGGACAAGAGGGGGCUCAGAGGAGCACUUGGUGGAUGGCAGGCUGUCGAAGGGAGGAGGCUCAGGCCUCGGACUUAGUACUCUCGGAGGCCAGGGGGCUGCAGAGCAACAUAGCCGGGAGAGAGAGCAGAGCAGCCGGGAGCGUCUAGCAGGAGAUGGCGGCUCUUCUAGCGGAGGCAAUGUAGGAGGGGGUGGCGGAGGUACUCAGUUUAAAAGCCGCAGUCAGAGCUUUAACACAGACACCACAACGAGCGGCAUCAGCUCCAUGAGCUCCAGUCCCUCUCGGGAAACCGUUGGCAACCCGGAGCAUCCGGAGGCCGAACCGGAUUCCUCUGACUGCGUGAGCCUCAACACAGUAGUGUCUGCCAAGACUGUCAAAACACUCUCAUCCCUCACCCCCCAGUCACAGACUAACCACAUGUCCAUGUCCAAGUCCUCCACUGUCUCUCUGGUACCUCCCGGCUCCUCCCACACCCUCCCCCGCCGGGCUCAGUCUCUCAAGUCCCCCUCAGUGACCACCAUAAAAAGCCUGGCUGAUUGUAGCUUCAUGUACACCAGCCCGAGAGACGCGCUGGGCUACGCUACGCUGAAGAGGCUUCAGCAGCAGAGGAUACACCCAUCUUUGUCUCACAGCGAAGCGCUGGCUUCACCUGCCAAAGAUGUGCUGUUCACAGACACCAUCACUAUGAAGAGUGGCAGUCUCGAUUCCAGACUAACUCCCCGCAGCCUCUCCCCCCGGAUCCUCUCACGCACCUCUCCUCUUGCCCUCCCUAGGUUUCUGAAAGCUCUGAGUUUUGCCUCUUUGGAUAAAGAAGAGCUACUCAGUCCAAUCAACCAAAGCACCCUGCACCGCUGCUCUUCAGUACGCUCCAUGGUCUCCAGCGUCACCUUCGGAUGUAACGACGACUACAUUGGUCUUGCACUGCCGAUGGACAUCCAUGACAUGUUCCACAUCAGAGACUCUGCCUACUUUCAGCAGAGGAUCAGCCCGCCAUCGGAAGAGCGGAAACGUUUUCUUUUCGGUGAUGGCGAUGGUGAUCGUCCUGCCCUCCCAGUGCUGAAGCAGCAGUUUAGUAUCUCAGAGCUGAUUGUGCACCGAGGAGACACCCCGAACCACAUGGUGGGCUCAGAGGAGACGGGCCUGCAGGUUCACACUGAAGAAAACUGCCUCUACUGCGUGGGAGCGAUCGUCCUUGGAUACCCCACCCAACCACUGAUCAAUAGCACACACUCUCGUACAGAUUUUGUCGACUUUCCAUCAUGGGGAGGCCAGAGCGGCCACCGCCUGGAGGUGAUGCCACAGUCAAAAUUUUCUGGGGUGUCAGGCUGCAGUGAUGCUGCUGUGUCACAAGGUUCAGUCUCUGGCACACCUACACCUGGUGACAUUGUCAUUGGUGGCAAGGCGAUAUCCGAGGACGGCCCCGCCUCUCGAGUCUUACUGAGGAAGGAGGUGCUCCGCCUCAUCAUCAACCUCAGCUCCUCCGUAGGAACCAAAGGCCACGAAACAGGACUACUGACGAUAAAAGAGAAGUUUUCAUAUGCGUUUGAUGACAUUUGCCUGUACUCGGAGGUUUCUCAUCUCUUAUCCCACUGUGCAUUUCGCCUGACCUCAAGACGUUUCAUACAAGAACUUUUCCAGGAUGUGCAAUUUAUGCCAAUGUUUGAGGAAGCAGAAGCAAUCCUGACAAAGCAACCAAAACCUGUUGAAGAGGACGCUGACCCUCCUGAAGAAUCCUGAUCAUCCCAUUUCUCCCCCAUCCCUCCUGCUUUCCCUGCACAGCUGCAGACCCGGCUUCUUAUCACCCUGAAAGGAAGACAAAACUGAAAUAAUAUGAGUUAAGGCUCUGAAGAUGGGGUGGGGCAUUUCGAUGUGUUUCUGGUGGAUUUUAACAGCACCACAGCCAAGGAAAAAGAGGAGAUGGUCAUCAGUCACCUUACAUACGAGCUGGAAACAAAGGACGUCAGCAUCUAUAAACAAAUGUAAUCCGACACGCCUAAUGCUGUCUCAGACUUUUUUUUUCUUUUUCUAAAUAAAAACACAGGAAAAGGGGGAGCAGUUUAACCAAAUACUGUUUUCAAAUGGACUGGCGAUGUCGAGCAACACUCAAUAAUACAUCAACAUAAUGCUCAGCGACAAGCUAAAUCAUUAGGACAAAGACUCGAGCUGUGUUUAAAAAAACAAAAACAAACAAAAAACUAUCAUUUUUUCCCUCUUUCCAGAGGUGGUCUUGUUUUUUUGUUUUUUUUCUGUAAUGAAAUAAGUCAUGUCGUCGUGUCUGCCCAGUGGUUCCUCAGACCUUGCGUUCUUUUCUUCGACAAAACACUACAGAGGGAUCCUGCUGUUUUUAAAACGUACCUGGAGCCUUCAUAUCCCACCCCGACUCGUGAUCUGUUCUAGCCGGAUAUGUGCUUUUGCUUCUCUUGCCUCUCUACUUCUUACAACCUGUAGCCUCUUGUCAGCACAGGUAGCCAAUUGCUUUUCUAGUUCUUGUAUCUCAGACAAUCAAACAUCACUAGUAUUCUAUUUUCUAAAGCAUUAUAUCUACCACCCUCACGCAGUACAUGGGAAGAAUAGCACGUAAUUUAAUGCUAGUUUAUGCCAUCCUUUACCUGCUAAGGACUUCUCGUGGUUUUUUUCUUCCACUGCAUUUUUAGCGAGCUUCUCUGGAAGUGGGUCGAUCCUUGGAAAGACGCUCGGAAGAUUCAUUGUAGAUUCAGUCCCAAUCUCUGCUCACACGUGUUUCCAAACUCUGCGUAAACCCAGCGGCUGCCCAUCUCUAUACCUUCUUACCUUUGUGCUUCACCUCCACUGCAUGUCCAACAAGCAUGGCGAAGUUGUAAUGUCACCUGAACGUGUUUCUUGCUUGUAAAACCUUUUUAAAAAUAGGUUGCCAUUACUUGCUGCCAUUACGUUGUAGGACUAUAAUGACCCCUGGAUUUGCCUCCACCAUGCAGUUUCACAGGGGGGAACGCGAGCGAUGACUAAAGGAUUUAUAAAAGGUUUUCCAGGGAAACAGGGGAGCUCGGUUUCCAUUGGCUUAUUAUUAUUUUUAUUUUUUUUAUUUAAUUUUUAAUUAUUAUUAUUUUUUGCUCUACUGCUGCUACACAAAUGGACUCAUAGAGAGAUGAUUCAUAGAUCAGCUGAGUGAUGUCAGAUCCGAUCUAUUUAUUAUAUGUCUGUACCAUAGAGUGAGCUCAACCAGAGAAGAAAAAAGUUAUUUAUAUUUUUUCCUCAAGACUGUAUUAUAAUUUAAACGUUUUUCCUUUUUUUUUCUCCUUUUUUUUUUCUUUUUUGCCUGAAUCGUGGUUUCCCUUGUAUAAUGUGUACAGUAUGUUUUGGGGGCAUUGGUGACCUAAAGAAACAUACAAUCCUAUCAAAGGGAUGCAUUGUUAAUAAAACAAAAUUUGAAAUACCCAAA